CGGAAGAAAGAAUCUCACAGCGAAACCCAGAAGGGUUUUUGGGAGGCCGCCAGAGGAAAGCCAGACACUGAAUACCUUUGCAAAUCUACUAUCCUGGCAACGAAUGUUUACGCUAACGAACACAACAGAGCCUCCAAGGAGUGGGGCGAUGCCACCCGCGGUCUGCAGUUUACCACGGCCACGCGUGCGAUUCUAGCGCUCGGUAGGAAGCCCAUCCACACGAAGAAUUGGCGGCCCCAACUUCUGGUCUAUGUUCCUGUCGGUGAUGACCUCGUUGUCAAGGGAACCGCUCUGCUUCACCUUGUUCGCCAACUGAAGGCAGGAAAAGGUACGCAUCUUCCUAGCAGUUUUAUGACUAUGUUCGACGUCGUGAUGUUGUUUGUUUUUGUACCCUAG